AUGGCAGCAGCGGUAGGCACGACGCAAAGCCUCAGAUCACGAAGGUGCACAUCCGGCGAGUGGCGUGUCCGCACUGCUUCCAAGAGCUGCCUGCCAACGAGCUCUCUCUUUUCGACCGAGCCUUGGCUUUGUUGGGAUGGAUGGCGCGGCGUGGACGAUGGCCGAUGCAAGCACGUGGAUACUCGAGCGAUCUGGCGCAAAGAAGAUGGCUGA